AUGGUCCAGGAAGGCAUAGUUCUUGCCCAUCGAAUUUCACAUAAAAGGAUAGAAGUUGACAAGGCAAAAAUCCAAGUGAUUGAGAAAUUACCUCCACCUAUCUCGGUGAAAGGGAUAAGGAGUUUUUCGGGACAUGCCGAAUUUUAUAGGAGUUUUAUCAAAGACUUCUCGAAGAUUACAAAGCCACUUUGCUCCUUACUAGAGAAGAAUACUCCAUUUAAUUUCUUUCAAGAGUGUCUCCAUGCUUUCAACACUUUUAAAGAGAAACUCAUCACGGCUCCUUUCAUUGUAGCUCCAAAUUGGAAUCUACCAUUUGAACUUAUGUACGAUGCAAGUGAUUAUGCCAUUGGAGUAGUUUUGGAGCAAAUGAGAGAUAAAAUUUUGCAUGUUAUCUACUAUGCUUGCCGGACUUUGAUCGAUGCUCAAUUGAACUACGCUACUACUGAAAAAGAGAUGCUUACAGUAAUGGGAUGGGUCUUUCUUCUACAAGAGUUUGACUUGAAAAUUCGCGAUAAAAAAGGGAUCGAAAAUGUUAUUGCCGAUCAUCUGUCUCGACUUGAGCAACCCGUAGAGGUAGUGGAUGGAGAGAUAAAUGAGGUGUUCCCCGAUGAACAACUCUUGCAAAUUAUGCAUAUUCUACAAGCCACUCAUAUACCAUGGUAUGCAGACCAUGUGAACUUUCUUGCUAGUGGCAGUACUCCAUCGGAUCUUUCUUACCAAGAAAGGACAAGGUUCUUCGCUGAUAUCAAGCGCUAUUUUGGGGAUGAUCAUUUGUUUUUCAAACGGGGUCCGGAUCAAAUUAUUCGAAAAUGUGUACCAGAAGAAGAAAUGGAGCAAAUUCUUGAACAAUGUCAUUCUUCUCCCUAUGGUGGUCACUUUGGGGCCAUUAAAACCGCAUCAAAGGUACUUCAAUCCGAUUUUUAUUGGCCUAGUUAUUCAAAGAUGCUCAUACUCUUGUCUUCAAAUGCGACAAAUGCCAACGCAAUGUGGGUAGAAGCGGUGGCUGUGCCCACUAAUGAUGCUCGGGUGAUAGUGAACUUUUUAAAGAAAAAAUAUCUUCUCUCGCUAUGUGGCCAAGUUGAGAUCUCAAAUAGGGAGUUAAAGAGGAUUCUUGAAUUGACAGUGGGUGCCUCUAAAAAAGAUUGGUCCAAGAAAUUGGAUAAUGCAUUAUGGGCUUACUGUACCGCUUUCAAAAUACCCAUUAGGCAACAAGUUCUUCUUUACAAUUCUCAACUCCGAUUGUUCCCUGGGAAGCUCCGCUCAAGAUGGUUGGGUCCUUUCACUAUCGCUAAAAUUUUUCCACAUGGAGCGGUUGAACUUCAUCAUGAGGAAAAGGGAAAUUUCAAAGUUAACGGGCAACUGUUGAAACCAUACUUUGGAGGUGAUUUUUCUAAGAUAACUAGUGGGUUUGAAUUUCUUAGUAUAAACUUGAAUAUGGAAUCACUCAUUAGUGCAGAAUCAUCACAUGAAUAG